AUGGUAGUAGUCGACGCUGUUGCGAGUAGUCUUCAGGGUGAAGCAGCUGAAUUAGCUUCUAAGUACUAUAAACAAGGAUUCAAGACUUUAAAGCUGAAAGUAGGAAAGAAUCUGAAUGCAGAUAUAGAAGUGCUUCAAGCCAUACGUGUUGCUCACCCCGAGUGUCAGUUUAUUCUCGAUGCUAAUGAAGGGUAUAACUCUGACGAAGCAGUGGAAGUUCUCGAGAAAUUACACAAAAUGGGGUUGACCCAUAUUCUAUUUGAGCAACUAGUUCACAGAGAUGAUUGA